GAUGAGGAGGAGAGAGCACGUUGCCUGACAUAGGGCAGCAGAGUCUAUGUUGGGACCUGACUGAUGUGACAACCUAACUGGCCAGUAGGAGGAAUGGAGGGAGGGGAAGGAUAGAUCUGCCAUCAGUUCGGGAAACUUAACCAGUUUCUAUUACACGCCAACAGGAAGAGUGGAAGAGCAACAUAAGAGGAUGGUUUAACUACAAAGACCAAAGCCAAACUCUGAGAAAUAACAGAAGAGGACUAACCUAUGGUUGGAUUGUUUUAGGAUAUGGGUGUGUGUGCAGCUUGAAGCCCAGGUGUGACUCCAGGCAGAAGGGCUUCCAAUGGCUACUGGAAACGAUGAUCCACACCUGGGCGACGGCCCAUCCGAGAACUCAGAGAUCACCACGGAUGAUUCUGACUCAGGGAGUGUGCUUUCUGAUGACUCAGUGCUUCCAGACAUUGAAAGGGAUGUAAAUUAUACCGAGCCGGCUAAAACGCUGUUUGAGGCCUGUGCAAGGAAUGACACCACAUCUCUGCGAAGCAUCCUGGAGAGAGGAGUCAUGAAAGAAGAGGCCAUGGAGCUAAACAUCAACGGCAGGAAUGGACUGAUGGUGGCUGUGGGGAAAGGCUUUGUGGACAUUGUCACUAUGCUAUACACAUGUCCAUUCAUAGACAUCAACCACCAGGAUAAUGAUGGCAACACGGCCCUCAUGAUUGCUGCCCAGGCAGGAUUCAUCACCAUCCUUAACUACAUCCUUAACUACUACUCUGGUGUGGACACUGAGGUCAGGGAUCCUCGUGGCUUCACAGCCCUAAUCAAAGCAGGUCUGCAAGGCCGAGAAGAGUGUGUGUGUAGCCUGCUAAUGCAUGGUGCAGAUAUUAAUACAAUGGAUCUGGUCCAAGGCAGAGGUCUAAAGGAUUGGGUCCUUAGGACGGGAAGGUUUGAAACUCUGACCAGAAUACGUCGCCUGCAGGGUCAUCCUGUUGCUGAGCAGUUCUGUGGGAGCUACGUUCCUGAGUGGCCUGAGCUGAAGCAACUAGUAGCAAAGGCCACCGCCACCAAAACAGCCGGUCAGAAGCUAAGGCAACGCCUAAAAGACAGUCUUAGUUUCAGCUUUCCACAUGACCCCCAGGACAAUGGGGUGAUGGACCACAUGGUGCGGAUGACUACAGGCAUCCACAGCCCCCUGGUAGCUACUGGUUGUCGUCCACUUUGUCCCACUAGCCCUCCAGAAAUUGGCAAACGACGAUUUGCUGUACCUGAGCUGCUUAAAAAGCACAGUGUUAAAGAGCUGGAGGAGAGCACAGUGUCUCACAGUAACGGUUCCAUCCAUUCAGCCUCUCCCACGGGUCUUUCAGCCACCUCUGUGACUCUGACCUCCUGUUGCCAGGAAUCAGAGCGCAGGGAAAGCAUGACGACAGGUGGCAUGAGAAGCUUCAUUCCACGAAGCAUGGCACACAGAAACAGCAUCUUCCCCUCAGGCUGUAUUCCAAAGAUUGAAGUGACAAAAUCUGGGGAGCCCACUCCAAAGAAAGAGAAAAAGAAGAAAAGACAGAAGGGCUACCUGGAGCCUCCAGUGUGGAAGUACAAGGAGGCCAAAGAGGAGAAAAAGAGGGAAAAGAAGCAGCAGCAGGAAAAGGAAAAGGAAAAGGAAAAAGAAAGAAAGUCAAAGGGGUCAAAACAUUCAUCAAGCCAAAAAUGAGUCCAUUCUCUCUUUUCCAUAGAGAAUUUCACUGUGAUAAUGUCACAUAUUAAAGAUAACUAUGUGAUUACAGUGAAUCUAAUGUCAGUUUGAGCAAGACACAGAGGAAUUGUGAAACAAUUUUGGAAAUGAGCAACUGACAAAAUUCCUGGGUGGUUUUGAGCUUUGGAUUGGGAUAACGUGAGAAAACUGGAGUGACUUACUAUUUGAAAAAUGUGCAAGUUUAGAUAUAUACAGCUCUAUGUCUGGCUGUUUAUCUCCAGCCUGUCGGAUUAAUAGGUUUAAUGGGGAUGCAAAGCCAUUUGCAAACACAAUGCAAUGAUGUGAAAUGACAGUAUUUGAUUUUAAAAACACUGUACUUUGGUGGUGAUUUUACCAAUCUGUGUUUUGUGAAUGACUUCAAAGUAGCAUACCAUGAUGGUAUUUAACUACAAGGUAACCAAAUAGCCAGUACGGUACACUGUAUAUACUGUAUGUGAUGAAAUGCCUUCAGGAAAUAUCUCCAUUCCAGAGUUAAUGAGUGUCAUAAGAGGCAAGACAUCUGCCUGCACUAUCUGCUCUAAAGGACACUAUAUAUCGUAGCUGCAUCGUAAAUGACCCAGAACAAAAGUUGUGACACUGAAGGUUCUUCACUGUCACACAUUUCAAGGUUCGUCAAGCUGCUUCCUAAAAGCAAUCCAACCUUUGUUCUAUGCAACUAGCAUCUACCAGAUGCCUUUAAGUCUUUUUAACUGAAAGGUGGAGUACGUGACUCUAAUCCAAUACACUUUUUAAAAAUCAAAUUCAGCAAAUACCACCUUACGGUUUAGAGGCUAUCAGUUCUGAUUCUAUAAAUAGGAAACAAACUGGCUCCUAUUGAACAAGACAACAUCAUUCCAGCAGGUCAUUUGCAAUUUCAAAGUCGUGCAAAUUCAGGUUUCUGCACAGAACGGGCCAAAAGGAGGCAGGAGUGAGAAACCAGGAACGUCCAAGCUAUGCAAAUAUGCAAUCUAGCUAAACGUCAAUAAUAGAUUUUCGUUUCUAGAGUCACAGACUUCACCUUUAAUUCUAAUUCUCCAAAUCAUUUUGCUGUGUCAUACAAAUGAUGUUGGCAAGAUGCUAAAAAGGGAACUGAACCAUAUCGUUGCACCAUCAUGUUCAAUAGUAAAAAUAAAAUAAAAACUGUCAACUGAUAUGCAAAGACAAAUACACGUCUGCAGUCUACCGCUGCUUUAUGCACUCUGAUGUGCUACUUGGAAACCAGAACUGCUGCAUGCAAUUUUAUUUUCAAAGAAACCUAUAGAAGACCUCUCAUAUGCAGAGUUAUCUGUGAAUGCUCAGGGAAACAGUGUAACGGACAUUUUAACAUCAGGACAUCUAUCGCAAUAAGAAAUGAAUUGUGGCGUUCAGCUUGCAUUGUCACAUUUUUAAAUAUUCUGUGUAUAGGUCAAUUAAAUAAAACAAUAACUAAUAACAGCAAUACAUAUUCUAAGAAUGAUUAAAUAUAUUUGAUUGUGUUUAAAAUUAUAUGCAUUUAGAUACUAUUUAAAUAAAAUAAUAAUAAUUAGAGGCUCAUUUCUGGGGUAAUUUCAAGUGAAAUCAAGAUGCUCCCAAAGCUCAGGUCUUCUGCAUCUUUAUAAAAAGAGAGACAAAUGGAAAUGUGCUUGUACAUGCAAGUUUGGAAUAAAAUUACUGACCUAUGCAAGAGAAA